CAGCAAGUGACCCUUUUUUCUCCUCCCACAAUAAUGGUGGCUUACUCCCUAGACUCAAAUUUUAGCCCUAAAAGCCACUUCUCAUCCCCUUCUUCCUCCUCCACUAUUCCUUCUAAGUCUCAUUUUUUGCUUUCUUCCUCCUCCCCUGUGCUGCCUUCCUUCUCAACUUUGAUGGUGCUCCAUGGUGGCUAUCUUAACCCUUGGGCUUGUGGUCUCUUACAAGCAAUCACCACAUAUUAAAAACUUUACAACUCAAAUUUCUUUGAUCGAUCACUAGGGAGAGGCUUGACAUUGAAGCAUAGUAGAUUCGCCAAUCAGCUUUUCGUGCAGAUUUUUGACAGGUUUUAAGGUUUUUAUCAUGGGUAUUCUGCCAUUUCAUUAGUAUUUAAUGAAAGAUUUAAAGUCUUUUAACAGAUGCAACAACUAAUCACCUUAAUUUAAACUUUACUUAAAUAUAGAACAGGGACUAAAUUGUUUUUAUGGUAAAUGUCAGGGAGUUGGCUAUAAUUUACCCAUGUAAAAACACGCAAAAGGUUUGCAUUUUACUUUUAGCAGAUGUCCUAAUCUUGGAGAACUUUCGGCUUUGGUUGUUUUAUCUCAACACUCCUAAGACUGCCCCUAAAAUUUACGUCGAUUUACAUUCAUACCAAAGUGUUGCUCUUCUCUGCGCAAAACCCCUGGAGGGUAAUCAUGUAACUGGGUGCGAAAUGGGCUUGCUAUCUCAAAACCGUCACCAUAUUUCAGCUUCACGGUGCAACGGAUUCUACUAUCUUAUCUGCUUUUUAGCUGUUGAAGGUUGAGAAUUUUUGGGUCUUUUGAGUUUCUUCCUUGUUUUCUUUUCUCGAUACAUGAAUUUGUUUUUUCUUGUGAGGAAUUUUAUCAUUUCCAAGGGGCUUUUAUGCUCAAUUCUGCGAGGAAACUAGCAAAACUUAAGUACAUAAUGCCUUUCUUGAUUUUUAGUAAGCUGCUUGAUGGUUUUUUUAGUUCAAUUUGGACAGUGUUAUUGUUUUGAGAAGCCAAAAAGGAUGGGCUUCUGUAUAUGUUAUUCUUAAUGAGCAAUUCAAUAGUGUUGUGCCAGAAUUUAGUCGUUAUUGAUCAGAACCCACAUAGGAAUUCUUUAUCUUCUCAUGCUUCAUCCAAUUGUUUGCUCAAAUUCAAUAGAGCUAGGAGGGGAUUUUGUGAGAUAGUACCAAAUGCAAGAAAGAAUAACAAACGCCACUCAAAGAAAAGAAGUUGGUGGCAGAGGUUCUUUUUUGAUGAUGAUGGCAAUUGGCUUGGUUUAAAAGAUGACGAUAUGCUCGAGGAUGAGAUGUUAGAAAGUUCAAGUGAUGAAGAGUUGUCGGAGGAGCAGAAGUUUGAGGCAUGGAAGAGGAGAGCUGAGGCCAUUGUGGAGUUGAGGGAAGCACAAGAAGACAUGUUGAAUGAGGAGAGCAGAAGGUGGGAGGAUUGGAUUGUGGACGACACGAAUAAUAAUUUGAAUGGUUCUUGGUGGAGUCAAGAGUUUAAUGGCAAUGGAGCGGCAGAGGAUGUGCGGUCUGAUCCCAGUGACCUGGUUCCAGUGAAAGGGUUUGUUGAGUCGGUUAGAGAUUUGGUCCUUGGUAGGGAAGAAGACGAUUUGCUUUAUGAAGACCGUGUCUUCAGAUAUGCCUCCUUAAAUUCGGUCUCAAUUAUAAAAAAAAAUGAAGGAAGAAAGAAACUCCAGUUAGUGCUGUUGCAUGAUGGGCCAGAUAAUGCUAAAUUUCUGGCAAUAUUAAUAUUUAUUCCUUGGGCUUUGGACUUUGCUGUUCAUGACUAUGUUCUCAUGCCCUUUCUUGACAGGUAUGUGAAGACUGUUCCACUUGCAGCACAGAUGCUUGAUGUGAGAAGAAAUCAAAAACUUGAAAUGGUUAAGGAACUAAAAACGGAGAGUGCAAGAUUGCGGCUUGAAGUAGAGAUUGGCAAAUCUCCACCUCUUUCUGAUGAUGAGAUGUGGUGGGAGUUACGGCACAAAGCGUUGGAGCUACGGGAUGAGUGGAGAUUAGAAAAUCGUAGAGCAUUUGCCAACAUAUGGUCAGAUAUGGUAUUCGGGAUCUCGUUGUUCAUUCUUUUAUGGUUCAAUCAGAGUAAAGUAGCUUUGCUGAAAUUUACUGGAUAUAAGAUACUUAAUAAUGUUUCAGACACCGGGAAGGCAUUUCUUAUUAUACUUAUUACAGACAUUUUUUUAGGGUAUCAUUCUGAAUCUGGUUGGCAAACCUUGAUGGAGAUAAUUGUUGAACACUAUGGGCUUGAAGUUGAUCAAUCUGCUAUUACUAUUUUUAUCUGCCUGGUUCCAGUUGUUAUUGAUGCAUGCGUCAAGCUUUGGCUAUUUAAAUUCCUUCCAAGAUUAUCUCCCAGGGUGUCGAACAUCUUCCGCGAAAUGGAGCGUCACUAGUGAGAUUUUUUUUCCCUUCUUUUUUUUCUAUUUGUUGUUCAUCAUCAAAAUAAAUACCAGUUAGAUGGUUAUUAUUGCUAAUGAAAAUCAUCAUCAUCAUCAUUAUUAUUGCCACUAC